CCAUUUCCAGGUUGUCAAAUUCUCACCCACCCGCAUUCGAAUUCUCCCCAGACCCAGAAGAUGAAGCCUGUGGCGCCCCGAUCUUUCCUCCUGCUGCUGCUCUCCUGGUUCCAGCCUCUGAACAAGACCUGGGCUGGUUUUCAUUCUUUGAGGUAUUUUCACACCUCCGUGUCCCUGCCCGGCCGCGGGGAGCCCCGAUACAUAGCUGUCGGCUACGUGGACGACACGCAGUUCGUGCGCUUCGACAGCGACGCCGCGGACCCGAGGAUGGAGCCGCGGGUUCCGUGGAUGGAGUGGGUGGGACCGGAGUACUGGGAGCGGGAGACGCGGAACGCCAAGGAUACCGCACGGAGUUUCCGAGUGAAUUUGCGGACCCUGCUCGGCUACUACAACCACAGUGAGGACGGCUCUCACACCCUGCAGUGGAUGUAUGGCUGCGAAGUGGGGCCAAACAGGAGCCGCAUCCGCGGGUACGAGCAGUUCGCCUACGAAGGUUCUGAUUACAUCUCCCUGAACGAGGACCUGAGCUCCUGGACCGCGGCGGACACGGCCGCCCAGAUCUCCAAGCGCAAAUCUGAGCAGGCGUGUGAGGCGGAGCACCAGAGGGCCUACCUGGAGGGGGAAUGCGUGGAGUGGCUCUACAAGUACCUGAAGAACGGGAAAGAGACUCUGCUGCGCAUAGAUCCCCCAGAAACACAUAUCACCCACCACCCCAUCUCUGACCAUAAGGCCACCCUGAGGUGCUGGGCCCUGGGCUUCUACCCUUCGGAAAUCACCCUGACCUGGCAGCGGGAUGGGGAGGACCUGAGCCAGGACAUGGAGCUUGUGGAGACCAGGCCUGCAGGGGAUGGAACCUUCCAGAAGUGGGUAGCUGUGGUGGUGCUUUCUGGGGAGGAGCAGAGAUACACGUGCCAUGUGCAGCAUGAAGGGCUGCCUGAGCCCCUCACCCUGAGAUGGGAACCACCUCCUUUGCCUUCCAGUCUCCUUGUGGCAAUUAUCACUGGCCUGGUGGCUCUCCUUGGAAUUGUGGUGGCUGCUGUGAUAUGGAGAAGGAGUCAUGAAGGUAGAAAAAGAGGCAGCUGCAUUUAUACUGCAAGCAAGGACAGAACCCAUAGCUCUGAUGCAUUUCUUACAGCUUAAAAAGUGUGAGGCAGCCUCUUUGGGAGGACUGAGCCACAUAGGAUCUGUUCAGCUCUCUCCCCCCUCCCUCCAGUGACUUCAAGAAUUUUUAACAUAUCCUUUUCUAAAAUUCAAAUGGCCUGAAAACACAUGAAAAAAUGCUCACCAUCUCUAGCAAUAAAGGAAAUGCAAAUUAAAAUCAUGCUAAGAUUCCACCUCACC